ACAACUUUUAAAUUUAUUUAUUUUGAGAGGCGGGAAUGGCCGCGCUCCCGCUCAACCUCCAAGACACCACUUCCAAUGGAGGCGUGGCUGCCGUUGUUCCGCCACCUCCUCACCUCCCCCGCCCCCAACGCCGCUGCCUUCUCCUCCUCCGACCAAUGCCCCAGCUCUCUUCCUCCGGCCGCGGCCCUCCUCCGCAUCCUUCUCUCCCCGGCGUCCACGCUCCCCGCCGCCGAACCCCCCGCCGUCCUCUUUCAGACCCUCCCUCCUUUGCUCCAGUCCCAGGCACUGUCCUUCCUCUCCUCCUCCGCCCCACUCCUCGACCCGCUCCAGCUCCUCUCCCUCGCUUCCCGUGUCCUGUAUGCCCCAACUGGUCAGUAUGAAUUCUGGGUCUGCCGCGGUGCCCACCACCUGCUCGAUAGAUUGCGCCAUAGAGGCGUUCCUGAUGUCUCCGAGGGGUUCAUUGAGGAGUUCCACGAGCCACCGCGGUGGCUGAAAGAAGAGGCAGAGCGGGCACGUCCUGUCCUGCCGUGGUUGCCUAUUGAUUGCCGGAGCGUGACAGCAAGCAGCACUCUUGGCGGUGGGGAUUGCCUGGAUGGAUCUGGGUUGGAGUCUUUUGUGUUGGAGCAAGAUGACGACCCGUUGUUGCAGGAGGCUGGUUGUGUUCCGCCUCAUCCGGCUCCUCCACUUGGGAGUUUAUUUGUUCAGAGGGCGCUAUCUCUGCAGAAGGAGAUUGUGAUGGCAGAGUCUGUUUUGGAAGCUCAGCAGGCGGCGAAGAGUUUGCAGGAUAUCUGUGUUGAGUCAGGGAAUGCUGAGGCAGUGCUUAGCUUAGUACGGCCAUGGGAAGCUAAUGAUGACACUGUAAGGGUUCUGCUUUCAAAUAUAGUUCUCCACGAAGAUGGAAUUCACAGCAAAGGGCCAUCACUUGUGCUGUGUUCUCUUGUCCUACCGAAGUUACUCGGCCUUCAAAGAGCAGCUUCAUCUGUUCUUCUUUCUGCAGCAUUGGGUGUCUGCAAACAUGACCCAGCAGCUGCACUGGAGGCUAUCCUCCUUCCAUUAGUUCUUAGAAAGGAGGGGCUAAAUGUUCCUCAGUGUGAUGUGCUCACACAAAUUGUCAAGGAUUGCAUGCAUCCUUUGCAUGUCACCGCCUUCUGCCAUAGGCUGCUUUCAGGGGAGGAGAGAGAGCGGAGACCAGUAUGUAUGCCUGAGCACCGGGAGAAUAUUGGUGGCGAUUUGAUCUGGACAGAGUCUCUCUUUGCACUAUUCUACAGCAUUCUCAGUCAAGACAUUUGCUUGACACCAUGCGCCAUUAGGAAGCUAGUGUCCGUGAUUGAUGAGAUGGCCAUAAAGUUUUCUAGGUCGCUAAAAUUUAGCAACUUUUUGCUAUGCUUCAUCGGAAAGUGUUGGCAUGAAUGUGAGAAUCACAGAGCGUUGCUUGAGAGAGCUGCUGAGACAACCAACACUUUCCUGACUAAAGCUAUAUUGGUAAAACUGCAGCCUGCAAGUUGAAGUGGUGUCUUGAAGUGUACAUGUACAUUCAAAUUAACCAAGGCUAAGAUAUGGCGGUUUAUUCAGUGUCUCAAUUUCCAUGGAACACUGCUGGACCCAACCGUAGUUCCCUGAGAUGGCCAACCAGCGGUUUCUAAAACAAAAUGCACCUGGAGUCUGAACUGCACAGGACACCACCCAUACACUUGUAGCUUUGUUGCUGCUGUGCUUGACUCGGUUGGUACUUGCUCUUGUCGAUGCCUGUGGUAAACGUAACCUCCGACUCCCUGUCCUGUUUAUUACUUAUUAGUGUCGUUCGGGCACAUCUUUUCUUGAUUGUGUGACUGGAAGUAAACACUCUGUAAAUCUGCUUUGCUGGCUCCAUCAUUCUUUCAUUGGAUCGGAGGUGAACAGAUCAGUUGGUAGUAAGGAGAAAGCUGAAGCAUCUCGAUGGCUCGAACCCCAGAAGCAUUUCUGGCUGCUGGACUGCAGAUGGGAGUAGAACUUAGAUGCGACCUGCCAAUCUGGGAUUGACAGAUGUUCCUUUUUUUUAGGGGAGGGCCUUUU